AUUGAUAACAAAAUAUUUUGACUGAUUAGAAUUUUUGGUUCGUGUUUUUUUUUGACGUGAAUAAAUUUUGAACAAUUCAAAUUACACGAUUCUACCUCAUAAAUGGGUUUCACUUUACAGGUAUAUUUAAAAUAAUUUUUGAUUGUUAAUAAUACUUUGGAUGAUGGUUUGUAGCUUAAUAAUAUUUUAGUUAUUUUGGAGGUCAUGUACAAUUUUAUUUUACAGGCUUAUUAAAAAUGAUAGACCGUGCUAGUCAGUCAGCCUUUUUACACUAUGUAUCAUCUUGUAAGGGCCAUUCAACGCGAUGGCUUUCAAAUCAAGAACACCUAUACUUGUUUGACAUGCUCGUUUAUCCAAAGACAGGUAAUAUGUUUCAUAUAUUAUUUGAAAUGAAUAUUAACAAAUAAAUUGUGUACACCAAUCAUAGAUUUCUCAAUCAACGUUAAAACCAAAAUCACAUGUGGUUGCUACAAUAGCUGUUGAUAAAUCCUUACCUAUAUUAGAUGUAAGACAGCCACCAACAGUAGAAACUGUGAGUAACGCUAAUGAAAAAGUUAACAGUGACAAAGAAUGGACGGAAUCAAGAAUACAUUUGAAAGAUUUACACCAACAUUAUUUGAAACUAUCAAAAAGCCGUCUGACUAGUAAAUUUAUUUUUUUUACCAAAUUAAUUUACAAACUAAAUUUGGAACUCUUAAUAUGUUAGCUUUGGUAGUUGUAACAACAAUGGCUGGUUAUGCAAUGGCGCCUGCUCCAUUUGAUUUAACAACUUUCAUACUUUGUAGUGCUGGUACUGGUUUGGUAUCAGGAGCUGCUAAUUCUAUUAAUCAAUAUCAUGAAGUUCCAUUUGAUGCUCAAAUGUCUAGAACUAAAAACCGAGUACUUGUACGUAGCAUAUUAACGUAAGUCUUCAUAAAUAAAGAAAUUACCUCAAAAAGGUACUAAAGAAAAUUUAAGUAUAAUUUAAUAUUUACUAUUGUACAAAUUCAUACAGGAGUUUCAUAAAUAAAAAGUUGGAAAGGUAGGAUAUGUAAACGUAUUUAAUUUAUAUCUGUACGCAAUGAUAAACUAUUACUAAUCAAAAACAAUUAUGAACGGAGUUCGUUUAUAUAUAUCUUAAAAUGCUAUAAUUUUUCACAAUUUUCGUACAAUAAAAAAAGGAGUAUUGUUUUUUUUUUAUUUUAUAAUAAUGUUGUAUGAUAAUUUGUUAACAGAUAAAUAAAUAUCACACAUCAUCGUAAAACCAAUAAUAUAGUCCUCGAUACACUUAAAAUCAAAAUAUGAAAACUAAUGGUCAUACAGCAAAAGGGUCUAAGCAACACGGCUUCUUUAUUGGAUGGAGAAAUACGUGUUUUGUCCAUUGCACUUGCACAAAAACAGCUGUAACCACUAUUUAAUGAAUAAUUUGAAUUUUAAGUUUGGGGUAUAAAUGGUACUUUUUAUUUUGUCUUCUCAAUUGUAAGGUCUAAAUGAUAAUAAAAGCUAAUCAACAAUGUGUAUUCAUAUUAAGGACGUAUAAACAACAGAAAUGUAUUCAAUGAAAAAAUUCUCUAUUCCAACCUGAAAAAAGUUAUUACCAAUUUAAAAAAAAAAAAAAAAAUGUUGGUCACAAAUACAUUAUUUUUGACUCCUGAAAAUGAUGAAUUGUGUUGCUUAGACCUUUUGCCAUGUCACCACAUAAAUAUGGAGGCCCUUUUUUUAUGUUGGCUACAGCUACUACUAACCCUAUCUAAUUAAUACAAAUUUGAUGAUGUGUAGUGAUACAUAAAUGGUAUUACUUAAGUAAAUUGAUUAUUAAUGUAUACAUUGUGUUGUACAACAUAGAAUAAUUUUUUUAUUAGGUAGAAAUUAUUUACUAUCAAAUAAAAACUUAUUUAUUUUUUUAUUAUUUAUGUAUAAUUUUAUAGACCAAUACACGCUCUUACAUUUGCGGCAGUUAGUGGAUCGUUAGGAUUAGUAACUUUAUAUUAUGGCGUAAAUCCCACAACUGCUGCUUUGGGUGCUACAAAUCUUUUUUUGUAUACAUCUAUAUAUACACCAAUGAAGCGUAUAAGUAUUUUAAACACAUGGGUUGGUUCAGUCGGUAAUUAAAUAUUUAUUAUUAUUAUUUUUUAAUUUAUUGUGAUUUAUAUUGUUUAUAAUGUUUUAGUUAUUAAUUGUUAUUUUAUUUUUAGUUGGAGCUAUUCCACCAUUAAUGGGAUGGGCUGGGUGCACUGGUGGCGUAAUUGAUUCUGGAGGUUUAUUGCUUGCUGGUCUACUGUAUGCAUGGCAAUUUCCACAUUUUAAUGCACUUUCGUGGAAUCUUAGACCUGAUUACUCGAGAGCUGGUUACAGAAUGAUGUCUGUUACUAAUCCAGGUUUAAAUUAUAGAUUAUAAUAUUCUUAAUUAAAAUUAAACAUAUGAUUAAAUUAUAAUGUAAAUAUAUAUAAUUUUUUUAAAAUUAAAACCAAGGUUUAUGCAGAAGAACAGCAUUACGUUACACUAUUGGAAUAUUUGGUUUGUGUUGUGCAGCACCAAUGUGUGAUUUGACUAACAUUUAUUUUUCAAUUACUGUUGCCCCGUUGAAUGCCUAUUUUAUGUACUUAGGUAUGCAUAAGUAAAUUUUGUUUUUGCUCAUACUAUUAAAACUAUUAAAAUAAUAUUUAUUUUAGCUUGGAAAUUUCAUCAAAAGUCUGAUAGUAAGACUUCACGUAACCUAUUCAGGUUUUCUCUAAUUCAUUUACCAGCAUUAAUGAUACUAUUAUUUGUAAAUAAACAUAGUUUAUGGUCAGGAAAUAGGUAUGUAUUAUAUAUUUAUUUGAAAUAUAUGUAUAGCUACUUGUAAUAAAAUAUGGUUUGUAUUUUACAGCAAACCAAAAGAAAAUAGUGAAAUGAUCACAGUUAAUAAGGAUGAAAAAAUCAUUAGUUCAAUUUUUAAAACUCCCGCAUCGCUGUAAUUUAUUUUAUUCAAAAAUACAAUAGUUACUUAAUUGUUAUAAUUAAUUACUUUCAUUGUUGUUGUUAAAUACAUAAUUAAAUAACAAAGUCUGUUAUUAUGAAAUAGUAAAAAUAUACAAAUUUAAAUCAUUUUUUUUUCAAUAUAUGUUUUUUCAUGUUUUUAUUAAAUGUGAAUUGUGUUUUAAGUAAGUA